GUAGCCCUCCGGCCACACCCACUGCGCCAGAGCUCAGCAGCGACAAGCGAGGCUCCCGGAACGUUCGACGUUCGGCAGUUCCAGCGGCUCUUCUCGCUCCCUGAUUGGCUCUCUCUUCUCUCUGCCUUUUGGGGGGAGGCUGUGAUGGUUGUCCUGGAAGCGCGAGGCCAAUAUGGCUGCUACUUCUGGGGGCGGUGGGAGGCUCAAGGGUGAGGAGGUUUUAAAAAAUCAAUUGAAGAUAUGUGGCUUUAAGAAAGAUAAUGAUGUCACAGAGUUGUAUCUGGGAGAAAGGGAAUUAAAAGAAGUCCCUGAUUUAUCACAGUUCCAUAAACUAAUGUAUUUGUGGCUAAAUAAUAAUAAGAUUGAGAAAUUAACUUUUUUGAAGUGUAACUGUGGCUUGAGAGAGUUGUACCUCAACAACAACGAAAUCAGAAGUAUAGCAGGUGUUCUCAGACAUAUACAUUCAUUGCAGAUCCUGAUGCUUCAUAACAACCAGCUGAAGAACCUGGAAACAACUGUGAAAGAGCUAAAGGGAAUGAGUCUACAGACUUUAAAUCUGUUUAAAAACCCUCUGGCACAAGAUUGCAGAUACCGUCUUUAUGUAAUAUACCACCUUCCUACAGUUCUGUUGCUUGAUAGGAAAGAAAUAACCAUUAAAGAAAGAUCAUUGGCUCUGAAUAUUUACAACCACCAAAAGACCCUUGUUCUUCAAUCUAUAGGAUUUGGGAAGAGAACAGAUGUACCACUAUUGCCUAAGGCCCCAUUUAGUAAAAGCUGGUCAUCAACCAAAGUGUUGCGCUUGCCUCCAGGUUGUGAAUUUGGAAAUCACUUGGUUAAAAUUCCAUUUGAAAAUCCAGAAGAUGCUGUCUUUGUGAGGGCAAUGAAUCGUUCCAUAGUGAAGUACUCUACUGUUAACUGGGAUACAGUGACCACAUCUGAAGAAAAACGUCUUGGCACCAAGCCAGAAAAGGUGGCAGAGAAACUGACAAUAACAUUCAGAUAACUGAAAGUUUCAUCAGGAAGCUGUGUUGUAAGAACCUCUUUCACUAUCAUUUUUGUUAAACAUUUUUGUUAUAACUUUUAAAGGUAUUGCAGAACAACAAAUCUUCAGUUUAUUAUUUCAGCAUUUAAGAUUCUCUUCCCACAACAGUACUGGGAAGCAAUGGCUACUGAUUGAAUGCAGUUUCUGAGCCCUCAGCUGGUAGUUAAGCAUUAGGGUGAAGCAAAACAAAUACUCCGAAGCUACUGGUAUGCCAGUAUAAUGCUACUGCUGUUCUUGCUUAUGUGUACAGAAAGGGCUUAAGGAAGAAAUUUCUAGUUCAGUUACAGACAGAUCACGAUGCAUAGUGAUAUUCUUCUAGAAUAUCAAGUCACAUUUGUCUGUUUUCCAUCUUCUGCAAAAUGUAGCUAUAUUAUUGGAUAAUAUCACUUCAGUGUUUGUUUAAAAUGUAACAUUGUUUUAACAAAGUAAAAAUUCUGUUGAGCUAA